GUGCAGCUGUUUCUGGCAGAGGUACGGGCGGAUGCGAUGCGGAAGGAUGUCCAUAUGAUGCAUAAUUUUCACGUAGUCUAUGCUCAAAAGCUAUAACGAUCCUCGUUAUGGUCGCUCCGAGGGAAAGAACGAGGACAAUGUACAUUACACACGCAGCCUUGUUGAUUGCGCCGAGAAAGUUUAUUCGGGAGUUUAAAGUGACGAUCGCUCUUCCUCGCUGCCUUACUGCUUGUCACCCACAUCAUCCUCCACCCUCUCCUGGGUUUAUCACACAUAAACGCGCCUUGCUAAUCGGCUGGGUUGACGAGCUUAUUGGUAACAAGUCACCGAUGCAGAUGAAACCAAUUUUCGACGUGGACUCUGUUACUCCACGUCUAAGGCAUGGCAUGUAUUGUUGCGCAUGCUACAUGUUUCCCCACUUGCUAUUGUGUUUGCUUGUUUUAUUUUUUGUUUUUUUCCCUUCAACGAUUCACCGUACCAGCCAAUUUAGUCAAUAAGGGAGAAAGGCGCUCAAUCCGCUGGAACCACAUCACCCAAAUUACCAUGUAACUCAGGGACUUGACACCA